AUGAGGUUUACCGAAAACUAUAGGACACACCUCUGGGCUGGUGUUCUCGUUGCCUUGGCAAGCCUGUCGCAUGCAGCCUCGUCUCCCUCGGCAGACAACCUGAGGAAACACUAUGAGGAUGCUUCCGGAUUGCGCUUGUGUCCUGACUCUUGCGCGGAUACAGGCAGUAAUCCAUCAAACUGGACCAGUUUUCAGGAUGCCCAAAAUAUAGCCCUAUGCAACGAGAAAAUUAAGCUCUUGGAGUUCUCAAUUCAUACUUCCCUAGACAACCCCGAUACAAACGCAUUCAUUCGUUCUUGCGUUUCCGUUGGGGGCGAGUCUAUCAGAGAGACCGUCCUCGAUCUCGGCAAGACUGUUCGAGAGAUAUUCAACAAUGGUAGUUCCAAAUCUAUGAUGAUACGCCGCGACGCUCCGUUUUCCAACACCGUCCUCCUUCCUAUUACACCAACACUCUCAUACUCCCCUUCAACUGGAAACGUUGUCCGCGGACAGGUUCUAGGAGCUCUACAAGAGCUUCAGUAUUACCUCCUCCAGCAAGACGACUUGUCCGACGAUAGUAACACCACUGCUAUUUUUGCGCAUUAUGGUGACAGCGUCGUGGGCCUUUACGUCGGGGGUCAAUUUCAGAAGCGACUUCUGGCUGCCACACUUUUGCAACAAGUUUUCGGCUUUGUCAAGCAAGACGGCCAGUUUGAUAGUCUUAUUGUCCAAGCUUGUGGGCCUACCACCCCGUCCGACUUCACUGUAGGGCUUGUUGUCGAUACCAGGGGCUUGAAAGCGUUUUCUGCAGCUCAAAAUGCAUUGAGACAAUGGAGCGGUGCUCAGUGUGUAUCUGGAGUGGGUGUUUCACGCUCUUUCGAACAGGUCCUGCUCCCGAUGGCCCCGGACAACGCUGGGAUUCUCCGCAAGCUUUCCGCUGACUCUUCGAAUCACACCGGAUCAAGGAACACGUCAGCCUCAUUAUACCCCCGAGCACGACUGGGUCAUUCUCAUCUUCACCGCCGCGCAGACUGCAGAACCACAAAAGUGGAGGCUGGCGAUGGCUGCUGGGCCGUGGCAAAUCGUUGCGGUGUGUCGGAGGCAAACCUUUCCAGAUACAACGGCGGAGGCAACUUUUGCACGACAUUACAGCCCAAUCAACAAGUCUGCUGUUCAGAAGGAACCCUUCCUAGCAACGGACCACCUCAGAAUUCCGAUGGAACGUGUUCUACGAAGAAGGUGGAUGGCGGGGAUAGCUGUGCUUCUCUCGCGACGAAGUGCGGUGUCAGCGGGGCUGAUUUCACAAAGUUCAACUCGGGAACCACCAAUCUGUGUUCGACCCUUCGAGUUGGUCAGCUUGUUUGCUGUUCUACUGGAAAACUGCCCGACAUCAGACCUAAGCCCAAUCCUGAUGGUUCUUGCGCGACUUAUACCGUCAAACAGGAUGACUGGUGCGACAAGAUCGCAGCUGCUCAUGGACUAACCCUCGUGCAGCUUGAAUCAUUCAAUAAAGGGACAUGGGGCUUUACUGGUUGUACCAAUCUCUUCGUCGACAUCAAGCUUUGCGUGAGUAGCGGCACGCCACCCAUGCCGGAGCCGAUUAGCAACGCCAAUUGUGGACCGCAGAAGCCAAACACAGUCGCACCAUCGGACAGAAGUCUCGCAUCUCUUGCAUCCCUGAACCCGUGUCCUUUAAACGCGUGUUGCAAUAUUUGGGGCCAAUGCGGUACUACUGCUGAGUUCUGCACAGUUACUGGUAAAGGGGGCCCAGGCACCGUCGCUCCAGGGACCAACGGAUGCAUCUCAAACUGCGGGAUGGAUAUCGUCAACAACGAUAAGCCCCCAGCUCAGUUUCGCCGUGUCGGCUACUUCGAAGCUUGGAACAAAGAGCGGCUCUGCCUCCACAUGGACGUUGAGAAAAUUGACAAGAGUCGAUUUACACAUAUCCAUUUUGCCUUCGUCGACAUCACCCCGACUUUCGAGGUUGACACCAGCAAGGUCCAGGAACAAUUCGACAAGUUUGUAAAGCUCCAAGGCGUUCAAAGAAUUGUAGCUUUCGGUGGAUGGGAAGCUUCAACGAAUCCGAGCUCGUACUGGAUUUUCCGUGAGGGUGUAAAGACAGCAAACCGGGUAAAGCUGGCUACGAACAUUGCCAACUUCAUACGCCAGUUCAACCUUGACGGAGUUGACUUCGACUGGGAGUAUCCGGCGGCUCCUGAUAUUCCAGGGAUUCCCGCUGGUGACGCCGUAGAUGGCCCGCUCUACCGGGACUUCUUGGCUUUGAUGAGGGCGAGGAUUGGCUCUGGGAAAUCACUUUCGAUUGCAGCUCCUGCAUCUCAUUGGUAUCUCAAGGGUAUGCCCAUUGAAGCCAUAUCCCGGACUGUGGACUACAUCGUCUACAUGACAUAUGACCUGCACGGCCAGUGGGACGCAGGCAACCCAUGGUCAUCACCUGGUUGCCCCGGCGGCAACUGCCUUCGAUCGCACAUCAACAUGACAGAGACGCUUAACGCCCUCUCCAUGGUCACCAAGGCGGGCGUGCCGUCGGCGAAGCUUUUGAUCGGAGUCACAAGUUACGGCAGAUCUUUUCAAAUGUCGGAUCCGAAUUGUUCUGGUCCCCAAUGCACCUUCACCGGCGAUCAUAAAGAGUCCUUCGCGAUGAAGGGUUGGUGCACGGGCACAGCGGGCUACAUUUCGGACGCGGAAAUCAACGGUAUCAUUAGUAGCGGUCGUUUCACCGGAGUUCGCAAAUUCACAGACGACACAGAAUCAAACAUUGUUGUGUUCAACGGGAACAACUGGGUGGCUUACAUGGACGCGGCGAACAAAGCCAGUCGAAUUGAGCGUUACAGGGGCCUCAACUUUGGCGGCAUUAGCGACUGGGCGGUUGAUCUUGAAUCGUUCUCUCCACUUGAUCGAGGUCAUCCCGGUGUUUUCUUUGAACAUCGACCCCCUGAUGGCGGGCAAUUUGAAAAGCUAUCGUGGUGGAACAUGACUUGCGGGCAUGGCGCUGUUGGAGAAACAGACAAGUUGACGAAGCAAGAAAGAUGGGACGCGCUAGAUACGAACACCGCCUGGAAAUGGGUCAUUGACGCCUGGAAGAAUGAAAGAGCGAUCAAUCCCAACCGUCUCCCAUUUACGUCUUUCAUUUCAGACAGGUUCAACGGCCCAUCGCGGAUGCAAUGCCAGCUAUUCGAUGGCGCUAAUAACUGCAGACAGACAUUAACAUGCGACGUUUUCAAGGGCAGCGUACACAAGCCAACCGGGCCAGCAGCCUAUUUAAUCACAAACGCUAUUAUCUCAUUACACCAGGGUUCUAAGGGUGACAUCGACGCCACGAUUGGUACCUUCACAGAGACCUUCGCGCCCACGGUCAAGGAAUCCAUGGACCUGGCUGCUCAGAUCGUCCUUAAUCUGAUCAACUUUGGCACCAGCAUGUUCAUGGGGCCGUUUUACAACAACUGUGAGUCAGAAAGACCAGCUACACCAGCCAAUUUUCUUCCUCAGCAUUCCAUGAAACCCUUUUCAAUCUUCUGA